AUGAAUAAUAUUUCUGGACAAUUUCGUAAAACAAUAUGGGAUCCAUUUCUUAUAAUAUCUCAAAUAAUUGCUAUCCAAACUGUGAUGUAUUUUUGUCUUGGAUUAUGGAUUUGGAUUGUUGCAUCAUAUAUAGGUUCCACAAAGUCAUUAGAUUAUGUUUUUCAUUAUAAAGAAAUACAUGUUAGAGAUUUUGCUGGUCAGUUUAUUAUAAUUAUCUUUAUUUUAAAUGCAUUAAUUGGUGCAAUUGCAUUAUGGUGGUUAGUGCAAAGAACAAAGCAAUGUAUGGACUUCGCCUGUACAGCGCAUUUAAUACAUUUAUUGUGUUGUUGGAUAUAUAAUGCAAGUUUUCCAUCGACUUUCAGUUGGUGGUGUUUAAAUAUUAUAUCUUUAAGUAUAAUGUGUGUUUGUGGUGAAUUUCUCUGUAUGAAAACUGAAUUACAAGCAAUACCAUUGAGUAUGAAUAGUCAAAAAACAGCCUUGUAA